AUGUUCAACUCAUUCAUCAUCUACGGUGCCAUCUUGGCCGCGACAAUGCUCCAAGCCCUCCCGGUCGCCGCCGUCCCGACCACUGCUCUUGCCAAAAGCCCCAUCCCCGGAUACCGUGUUGAAGCUAUGACCUGGGAAAUCCAGACCACUCCCGGAGGACCGACCGUGAACGUCACGGGUACUAUUGAGCAGGUCAUCCAGUUCGCAGAGAAACAGAAUCCGGACUUUCGCUCUGACUUUGGUCUCGGCGACGACACACCUAUCGACUUGAAAUCUACUCCAAGCCUUGGAGGUUUCGUCAAGGGUUUUUAUGACCUUGUCUACCUGGUUGAAUGCUUUAGGGUGAAUACAAAGUCCGCCAAUCUGGGGACUUUCGAAGAAGUUAUUGAAGAUUUACACAAUCAACCAAGAGAGAACGAAGCGACUCUAGGCCCAGGGGUGUGUACACAAUUUGGCUGCAAAGAAAAGACCGUUGUCUGGUGGUGCAACGAGGUGAGUGGUCAAAGCCUACCUGAGCUAGCCUUUGCUUCCAUCCCAUUUGAUGUGUAG